UAGUAACAUUUACAAUUGAAACGUUGCAAGCUUUUUCAUUUGAGAACCACUGACGUUAGACGCUCACUUCACUAUAGAUAAGUUUCUUUGAGUUGCAUUCUGAAAGGGGAGAGGUUGUAGAACUUCCUAUGUAUACAAGUAAUAAAAAGUGAUGUAAUUAAAUUAAUAGAAAUGGAUUGAUAAUUAAAUCAUCGGUAUAACAAUCAUGAUACAUAUUGAAAGUUGGAAUAAUUAUUUACAAGAAUAUUAUUUAAGAAUAUCAGACGGAAUAGGGACGCGAUGUCGCUCAGUGCUAGUGCCGAAAAUUUAUCAUCGGAAGGACAAAACAAUGAAAGGUGGAAUAUGUGCCUUGAGUUGGCACUCGAAGGAGAACGUCUCUGUAAGGCAGGAGACUGCAAAUCAGGUGUUGCAUUUUUUCAAGCUGCUAUUCAAGCAGGAACGGAUGACCUAAGAAUAUUGAGUGCAAUUUAUAGCCAGUUAGGCAAUGCGUACUUUUAUCUUGGAGAUUAUGUAAAGGCAAUGCAAUAUCAUAAAUUGGACCUAACACUUGCAAGAAAUAUGGGAGAUAAAUUAGGAGAGGCAAAGUCAAGCGGUAAUUUAGGAAAUACAUUAAAAGUCAUGGGAAAAUUUGAUGAAGCUAUGUUAUGUUGUAAAAGACAUUUAGAGAUAUCAAGAGAAAUUGGUGAUAAGCUUAGCGAAGGAAGAGCUUUAUAUAAUUUGGGAAAUGUAUAUCAUGCAAAAGGAAAACAAGCAGGAAGAGUAGGACAACAUGAUCCUGGAGAAUUUUCUGAAGAUAUCAGACAGUGUUUGCAGGAAGCUGUACGAUAUUAUGAGGAAAAUUUAGAACUUAUGAGAGAAUUGGAAGAUUCUGCUGCACAAGGCAGAGCUUGUGGCAAUCUAGGUAAUACUUUCUAUCUAUUGGGAGAUUUUCAACAGGCUAUAUAUUAUCACAAUGAACGAUUAAAAAUUGCUAAGGAAUUUGGUGACAAAGCAGCAGAAAGAAGGGCAAACAGUAACUUAGGAAAUUCUCACAUAUUCCUUGGUGAAUUUGAAAAGGCUGCUCAGCAUUAUAAGAGAACUUUGGUUCUUGCACAAGAGUUAGGUGAUAGGGAAGUAGAAGCACAGGCUUGCUAUUCUUUAGGUAAUACGUAUACGCUUCUUCGUGAUUAUCCAGCUGCUAUAGAAUAUCAUUUAUGGCACCUUGGAAUUGCUCAACAAUUAAAGGAUCGUGUAGGCGAAGGACGUGCAUGUUGGUCAUUAGGCAAUGCUUAUGCUGCUAUGGGCAAUCAUGAAAAAGCACUUCAUUAUGCUAAUUUACAUUUGAGUAUUUCGAAAGAAUUAGAGGAUCCAAUGGGUCAGGCUACUGCACAAAUGAAUGUUGAUGAUCUACAAAAAAUUUUGGGCUUAGGAAAAGGACAAGAACAUAAUAAAGAAAAUCAAAUGCAUAAACUUACUAUAAAUGCAGCAUCAAAUUACAAUAAUUCUUCUCCUGGCAGAUAUAGACUUCGUCGUCAGAGCAUGGAUAAUUUAGAUCUCAUUAAGCUUACGCCCGAUGGAAAACAAAAGGAGCCAAUAGAACCAUUGCCAGAUGUUGCCAGUAGUGCUACUGCACAAUUAAUGCAAAAAGAAGAAGAUAAUUUCUUUGAUCUUUUAUCUCGUUUUCAAUCUGGUAGGAUGGACGAUCAACGUUGCGCUCUUCAUGUAAAUCGUAACGCAAAAGUUAGAAGUAUUUCCCCUGAAAAUGACAAAGACGGAGAAGAUUUGAUGGAAUUAAUUGCUGGAAUGCAAAGUAAAAGAAUGGACGAACAACGUGUUACUUUACCCUUUUUGCCAGGUUUAAAUACUAAUGGAAACGAUCAAGCUAAAUCAUCUGCUCAAGCACAUGCUGAUGCUGAUGAUUCGUUUAUUGAAAUGCUUGUAAGAUGUCAGGGUUCACGUUUAGAAGAUCAACGUAGUCCAUUACCAGCUGCUUCUUCGUUACAAGAUGCGGAAGAAGAGAGAAAUCCAAGAUCUAAUGGAAAUACUCAUUCUGGUUCUACAGUACCAGAAGAAGAUUUAUUUGCUUUGAUCCAAAGACUUCAAGCUGGACGCAUGGAAGAUCAACGCGCAUCCGGACCUGGAAAAAUAUGUUAAAAGCAUACGGAAAUUUUGUAAUAAUAGGAAUUGACGAUUUUAAGGAGUAA